CUCAUUUCUCUCAAGAGAAGAAAUGCUCACAAUUGCUUAUAAGUAACUGUUUUGGCCAUCAAGGGUUGAUUCGUGUGACCCUUUUGUUAAAGCAUUGAGCUGGGGUUUCACAAGCUGCAAAGAAAGAAAAAGGUAUUGAAGUUCCUCUGUUUUUGCAUCAGUUGAACUUGUCAUUUCUACUGUGGUGAUGAUGGCGAUUGAUGAGUACAAAGUUUCAAGAGAGUUCUUGUGAUAACAAGACAAUUUUUGGAAGCAUUAUGAGAAGAUGGCUGGUGUCUUAGAUCCAGGGUGAUGACUAUCAUGGUUGAGAAUUAAAAUUUCUGAUUUGUGACCGUACAAUGGCUGUUGCAGAUUUACACAAUGUUUCUGUGUUUGAUUCUUCAUUUCUUAGGGAGUCUCAUUCUUCACAGUCAAGGCAAUGGGGUGAACAAAGCAGGCAGAGCACCCAGGCAUCCUCUCUCCUGCAAAUGUGGCGGGAGCUUGAGGGUGAGCAUGUGGUGAAUCAUCCCAAUGCGAGACUUGGAGAGAGGAUUCAGCACCAAAGGAGUGACCAGUCAAAUACUGACUCUGUGAGUACCUUUCUGUCAGACGGGCCAGAAAGCAUUAAUGGCAAUGAGAGCUUGGAGGCCAGUUAUGUUCAGAAUGAAUAUGGCACUUGUUCACAGAGCCAUAUUGGUUCCGAAAAUGAGCAUGAUGACAGCAAUAGUCUCGUAUCAGAGCAGUCAGCUGAUCUUGGAGAAGUAGAACGGGAACGUGUAAGACAAAUAUUCCGUGAAUGGAUGAACAGCGGUGCAAAGAGCCAUCCACCCAAUGGUUCACAUAUAAAUAAUCAUUCAAGGGCACAGUGGCUGGGUGAAAAUGAGCGCGAAAGGGUCAGAAUCAUUAUGGAGUGGGUGCAAGUGAACUGCCAACAGAGAGGCAAUUAUGAUUCUCCUACAGAUGAAGGAGCUUCUGAAAUUGGUCCUCAGAUUGAGCUAGUACGUGAUGGCUUGCUGGUAAAUCAUGGUGAAAUUUGUGAGCGAAAGGCCAUCCGAAGGUUAUGUGGCAGGCAGGCUCUUCUUGAUUUGCUUGCCCGAGCACAGAGUGAACGGAAAAGAGAAAUUGAAGAAUUGUUGGAUCAUAGGCCUGUAUCUAGCUUUACUUAUCGCAGUCGUAUUCAGUCAUUGCUCAGGGGCAGGUUCUUGAGAAAUGAAAGCACGAUUCGUGAUGAAAGACAGACUUCCAGAGCAGCAAGUGAACUGGGUUUGUUGAGGCAGAGAAAUACUGUUUCUGAUUUAAGAGAAGGGUUUCUGUCCAGAUUGGACAACUCUGUUCGUGGUUCAUCAAACAAUCAUCAGUCUGAAUAUGCUUCUUCUAGUGAGGUCCAUACUAGAAAUGGUCAAUUAGAAUCAGAUGAGGAGCAAGAGGUGCUAGAGGACAUCUAUGAUCUCUUUGAGCCGUCUGAUGAGGAAAGUGAGAGGAAUGAUUUUCCCUCUAUUGGUUACAAAAAUCAGCAGCAUUCUGUUAUCGAAGAAGCUGAAGGACAUGGUGAUGAAGGACAAGAGUUGUUAAACAAUGUUGACUACAUGCCUAGGGAACAAGGCGGGGAGAAUGAUGUUUCUGGGAACUUGAGGACUGAUGUCCAAGCUAAUCCAUUGCUAAGUGAAACUUCGGAGAUUGAAACCAGUGUGCAUGAUUAUUUGGUAGAUACUGAUGAAAUUGUUCAAGAACAAAAUGCACCAAACAGUGGGGCAAGUGAUGUACGCGAGAUAACUGGGCAAGUGGAAGAUAGGGAACCCAAUGCAGCUGAAGAUUCCAAUUGGCAAGAAACUUCAGCUCAAGUUGAAGAGGAGCAGGUAUUGUUUUUGGAUCAUGAACAAAUUGAAUGGCAACAACCAACCAGUACUGAAGCCGAUGAAUGGGCACAUGGUAAUGAAGAAGGGCUUACUGAAACGUGGGAAGAAAACAUUGCCCAUCAGUGGGAUCAGGAAAGACCAGAUAAUGAUUUUAGAGAUCACCAUAAUACUCAAGAACCAAAUGAAGAUUGGCAUGAUGAUGGUUUACAAGAGGCUAUAGAUAGUUGGUUAGAUGUGCCUUCAGGGCAGGGAGUCGGUGGUUCUAGUGGCAGGGUUGAUGCAUUUUAUUUUCCAGAGGAUGAUAAUGUUUACAGUAUGGAGCUAAGAGAACUUCUUAGCAGGAGACGUGUCUCUAGUCUUCUUCGGAGCGGUUUCAGAGCAAGCCUUGACCAGCUGAUACAGUCAUACGUGGAACGUCAAGGCAAUGCUUCUAUGGACUGGGAGGCAGAUGGAACAUCAUCUUCACCUGCCUUCAUUGAGCAAGAUCAGGAACAGCAGAAUGAUGAUCAGGUACAGGAUGGUGUAUUAUCAGGUGGUGUUGAUAGAACCUCACCAUCGGACACAGCUUCUCAGCCAGUCUGGGAUCAGGAUUUGCAUAGACUAAAUUGGUCUCACAACAGCCCUCAUCAUCAGUUAGGAAUUCAGGAGUGGGAGAUCAUUAAUGAAUUGAGGCUUGACAUGGUUAGGCUUCAACAGCGCAUGGACAAUAUGCAGAGGAUGCUAGAGGCAUGCAUGGAUAUGCAACUUGAACUGCAACGCUCAGUUCGGCAAGAAGUUUCUGCAGCUUUGAAUAGGUCAGCUGUUUCAGCAGAUACUUGCAAGGAUGCACAACAUAAGGAUGAUUCCAAAUGGGAUUUUGUGAGGAAAGGAAUUUGCUGCAUGUGUUGUGAACAAAACAUUGAUUCCUUGCUGUACAGGUGCGGACACAUGUGCACAUGUUCAAGAUGUGCAGAGAAAUUGGUCCAGGGAAAAGAGAAGUGUCCAAUGUGCCAGGCACCAGUGAUUGAGAUGGUCCGAGCAUAUUCUGUCCAGUAAUGGAAGGAGUGCCAAAUAAAUGGAAAACCGAAGAAAAAAAAAAUCUCAAGAAUAAAUAGAAUGCAAAUUGAAAUAGGACAUAAUGCCAACAAGCUCUAGUCUUUUCAAUUUUCUUCUUCUUGUAGUCUCACCAGGUAGAUGUUAGCUCGAAGGUGGACUUCGAUCCAGUUCAUACACCAGCCAACUAGUUUCUAGGGAGGAAAGUCAUUGAGUUUUUGUGAUGGCUUUAUCAGUAUUAAGUUAUUUUGAUGCUUGAAAUAGGUGGCCUGUCCCAAAGUAGUUGCUGAAAAGAAGCCUGACUUGACUUCCAAGUUAAUGAUCUCAUUGAGAACCCCAGAUCGUACAACAUUCAGCAGCAGUUUUAUUAGUCUUGGUCAUACCAGUAAAAGCAGAAACCUGGAUCCUCCACCCUCAUGCAGCUGUAGAUUCAUGGAGACUGUUUUCUGAUGACUAUUGCUGAAUGGUUUACAUUGUACCAGUAUUCUAACACCCCAGAGACCAAAACUCUGGUUUGCUCUGUGUAAUUGAAUUAUUUAUUUGUUUGAAUGAAGAUGGCCAUCAUUUUGUUCUGUUUUCA